GAGCCUCGCCUUUCUUUCUCUCUGCAGACCGAUCGACACCGGGCGGGGAGAGGCGUUCGCAGGAGCCGGCCAGCCAGGGAGACAGGGAGGGAGGGCCGAGGCCAGCCAUGACCGAAACCACCAAGACCCACGUUAUCCUGCUGGCCUGCGGCAGCUUCAACCCCAUCACCAAGGGCCACAUUCAGAUGUUCGAAAGAGCCCGGGAUUAUCUACAUAAGACUGGAAGAUUUAUUGUGAUUGGCGGAAUUGUUUCCCCUGUCCAUGACUCCUAUGGAAAACAGGGCUUGGUGUCCAGCCGGCAUCGUCUCAUCAUGUGCCAACUGGCAGUUCAGUCCUCUGAUUGGAUCAGGGUGGACCCUUGGGAGUGCUAUCAGGACACCUGGCAGACGACCUGCAGCGUGCUGGAACACCACCGGGACCUAAUGAAGCGAGUGACUGGCUGCAUCCUCUCCAACGUAAAUACGCCUUCCAUGACCCCAGUGAUCGGCCAGCCCCAGCAUGAGUCUCCCCAGCCCAUCUACCAGAACAGCAAUGUUUCCAGCAAGCCCACUGCAGCAAAGAUCUUGGGGAAGGUAGGAGAAAGCCUGAGCAGGAUCUGUUGUGUUCGUCCUCCAAUGGAGCGUUUCACCUUCGUGGAUGAGAAUGCAAAUCUAGGCACGGUCAUGCGGUACGAGGAGAUUGAGCUUCGCAUCUUGUUGCUGUGCGGCAGCGACCUGCUGGAGUCCUUCUGUAUUCCAGGCCUUUGGAACGAGGCAGAUAUGGAGGUGAUCGUUGGAGACUUCGGAAUCGUGGUGGUGCCCCGGGAUGCGGCGGACACAGACCGAAUCAUGAACCACUCCUCCAUACUCCGCAAGUACAAGAACAAUAUCCUCGUGGUGAAAGAUGACAUCAACCACCCCAUGUCCAUCGUCAGCUCAACCAAAAGCAGACUGGCUCUCCAACAUGGGGAUGGACACGUCGUGGACUACCUGUCCCAACCCGUCAUUGACUAUAUCCUGAAGAGCCAGCUGUAUAUCAACGCCUCGGGAUAAAUCUGCUUGCUCCCACCUCUCCUUGGCACUGCAGCAACGCAGCCCUGUGGCUCCAGUCUCCUACAGUUCUCCAUCACACUGCUCUCUGUCUGUCUGUCUGUGUCUCUUCCUCUCUUCUUCCUCUUUCUAUGGUCCCCCCGCGGGGAUCUGCCGCCUCAUUCACUGACUCUAUUUGAGCCCAAAGGGCAGGCCUCUUCAGAGAACCAUGGCAUAUUCCAGUUAACACACCAUUGAGCGUUCAUCUUU